GAACGGUUAAAUUUCAAACCCGGAAACGGAAACAUUAAAUGUAGGGGCCGGGGACUCAUCCGUCUCUUUUGCAUUCUCCUGAGAGCAAAGAGAGUCCGAGGGAGAGGAAAAGAUGCCUUCUGAGUGCAACUAUGUUUCACUACACACUGGCCAAAAGAUGCCAGUUGUUGGCCUGGGGACGUGGAAGAGUGAAGCUGGGAAGGUGAAAGAGGCAGUAAAAUAUGCCCUUAGUGCAGGCUACCGCCACAUUGAUUGUGCUCCAGCUUACAGCAAUGAACAAGAGAUAGGAGAUGCUUUCCAGGAAACUGUUGGACCUGACAAGGUUGUUAAGAGGGAAGAGCUGUUUGUGACAUCAAAACUAUGGAACACCAAGCACCAUCCUGAAGAUGUGGAACCAGCUUUAAAGAAGUCACUGCAGGAUCUGAAGUUAGAUUAUCUGGACCUAUACCUCAUGCAUUGGCCACAUGCCUUUGAACGGGGAGAAAACCUCUUCCCCAAGAAUCCCGAUGGCACAAUGCGUUAUGACUUAAUUGACUACAAAGAAACAUGGAAGGCGAUGGAGAAGCUGGUAGCAAAAGGGUUGGUGAAAGCCAUUGGGUUAUCCAACUUCAAUAGCCGUCAGAUUGAUGAUAUCCUUAGUGUGGCUUCGGUCAAGCCAGCCGUACUACAGGUGGAAUGUCACCCUUACUUGGCGCAGAAUGAACUGAUAGCUCAUUGCCAUCAGCGAGGGCUGGUAGUAACUGCUUACAGCCCUCUUGGGUCACCAGACCGGAUGUGGAAACACCCGGAUGAGCCAGUCCUGCUGGAGGAAUCUGGGAUAAAAAAGCUGGCAGACAAGUAUGGAAAAUCUCCUGCUCAGAUUAUCCUCAGAUGGCAAGUGCAGCGCAAAGUGGUUGUCAUUCCCAAGAGUAUUACCCCUGCACGCAUACUGCAAAAUCUCCAGUUGUUUGACUUCAGUCUGACACCUGAAGAAAUUAACUUUAUUGGGAGCCUGAAUAAGAACUGGCGAUACAUUGUGCCAAUGGUUACAGUGGAGGGCAAAAUGGUACCACGAGAUGCUGGACAUCCUCUCUAUCCCUUCAAUGAACCGUACUAAUUCUGGAAGUUUAUAAAACAGAAGAUUUCAUUCAAGAUAAUGAUUGCCAUCACUUAUUAGUUUAAAAGAAUCCAAAAUAAAAUGUUUUAUUUUUGUUUGAA